UGUUACUCCAAGGCCCAGUGGUACUGUCCACAGCUGCACAAUGGAGCAUUAUUCCUUUCCUCUCUUAUAAAGAGGCAAUCAGACAGUCACCCUCCAUCCAAGCACGACCCAUGGACUGCAAUUCUGAAAAAAUCAGAUUGAGACAUGUCAUGUCUGUCCAGGAGGGCAUAGGAACUUCCCCAAUACAACAGAACUUCAAACAUUCCCCUUCUGGCAAAAGGGGCCCAAUCCCUACUCCUGCUCCACAAGAGAGACUCUCACUUUCUCCACCUGUGCAAGGGUCUCUGCAAACUUCCAAAUCUACCCAAGGGACUGAUGGACAUUUAUUAUCUGCCAAAAGUUCUCUGGAACUUUCUCCAACUGCCCAAGGUGGUCUGGAAUCUUUGGCCACUGCCAAACUGACUCUAGGACAUUCACCAUCUUCCCGUGGGGCUGUGAGAUGCUCUCUUUCUGUCAAAGGGACUCAGGGACUUUCUUCAUUUUUGCAAGAACCUGUAGGAACAUUGCCAUCUGCCAAAGGGGCAGUGGAGAAUUCUCAUUCUACCCAAGGGAAUCUAGGCCUUUCAUUAUCUGUCCCACAUGCUCUGGGAUCUUCACUACCUGAUCAUGGGCCUUUUGAACCAGUAGGACAGGCAAAAUCUUCCCAAGCAUCUCUGGAACACUCAUCAUCUGCUAAAGAUGCUCUACGAAUUUCUUCAACUGUGCAUGGCAGCUUGGGACAUUUUGAAUCAUCCCAGGAAACACUAAGACAUUCACCGUCUGCCCCUGAGGUCCUAGGUCCUUCUCCAUCUGCUCCAGUGACUUCAUGUCUUUUGCAAUCUACCCACAGUGAUCUAGGACAUUCCACAACUCCCCAAGGAACUGAGGGAAUUUCCAUAUUAUUCCAAGGUCCAGUUGUAAUUUCUACAGUUGCAUCAUGGUGCUUUAUUCCUUUCCUCUCUCAUGAAGAGGGACUCAGUCAUUACUCCUCUUCCCAUGCAGGACCCAUGUAUUCCGGUUCUACCAAAAUGAGACCAACACAUGACUCCUCCAUUAAGGGGAGCUUUGAAACUCCCCAAGUGAUUGAAGAGGACUCACAAUCUUCCCCCAGCGGCAACAAAGACCCAACUCCUACUGAUAGCCCUCAAGG